CCCAGUUAUAUCCCAUGUUAUAUCCAUGUGUCCACAGUAACACUAAUGUUACCCUUGUUGUCCCUCUUUCUUCACGUUUGCUGAGGUGUCCUUUGUUUUGAGACAUGGGUGAGUAAAAUUUUACAAUUUUAGCCAAUUAUUAAUACAUUUUAAAACCAAAGUACCUCUAAUACAAUCUUGACAUGUCCCUUAAGUUGUCUUUGGUUUUAAUUUUAACUCUGCAGUAAAAAUUUGCAGUUUAAUUCACUUCUAAAUUUGAGACUUUUUGAAAGAUGGGGGUCAACUCUCAUAAUAUAGAAAAGCAGUUAUCAAAAUGACUAUUCAGUUGUUAACUAUAUGUAAUUACCUUCAUAUACCAUCAUUUUCCUGCUGGUGUAAAUCAGCACACUUGCCACUAUUUAUAUGUGCAGGCUAAAUGUUAUGAUUUUUUCUGUGUUGGUGUAUUAAUGUACUCAGCCAGGUGAAUAUGAUGCUUGUGAUGUUACUCUGAGUGUGUAUCCAAGCUUGCCCGGUGUGGAUAUACACUCAGAGUAACAUCACAGGCAUCAUAUUCACCUGAGUACAUUACACCAGCACAGAAAAAAUCAUGAUUACUAGAUUGCAUUGAUAUCGAAGGAACUAGAUUCUGUUCCGAAAUAUCACAUACUCAAACCAACCUGACCACGUAGCUCAGUUGACAGAGCAUUGGGCUAGUAUUCCAAAGGUUGUAGAUUCGAUUCCUACCGUGGCCAGGCAUAUUUUUCAAGCUUGCCCGGUGUGAAUAUACAUUCAGAGUAACAUCUCAAGCCAUCAAGCAUCAUUAAAUGUUGUUGUAUUUUGUUUUAAAUUGUAGCUCUGCCUACUUCAACAUCAUGCUUGUUCUCGGCAACCCUGGCAGUUUUAACAUUAGCGGCCAUGAUGGCAUUUAAAUCUCAGCUAGCGUCCAAAGAAUGGCUGACAAUCUUUGGCGGUUUUCUGGGUUCACAGUUCUUCAUCUUUAUGUUGACUGUAUCCUUUUUGUUUCCAUGGUCAAUCUUGAUUAUAAUCAUUAAAUUGAUGAUAUUGGUUUGAUUUAUUGAUUGUGCUAUUGCAUGAAAAAGUGUUAGUGGUAGCACUGUCGGUGCUUGCAUCUUACACCUCUAUGACACCUCUUUGAAUUCUGGCUGUAAUAUGUAGUUGUCUGAUUAACCCAUUGAGUGGCAGCACUCUCCACUUGACAAGUAAAGUUGUCUGGUGUUAGACAGAGUAAAAUACUAAAGUAUGGCACAUCCGGGUGCAUUGCCACUUAGAAGGUUAAAUCUCAUAUGGUUGGUGCCAGUGUACAUGGCCGGCGAGAGGGUGUGUGCAAAAUACCCGGAGUGCUCAGAGGGGCCCAGAAAUCUUGGUAAAAUUUUCGUAUCGUUUAUCAUCGCAUUAUGUUUGUCCUAAAUGAAAUACACCUACUUGCAUACUAUCUGCUGGUCGUUGUGAUCGAUCGUAAAACAUACCAAAUAUGAAAUAAACAAUUUUUAUCGUUGUUUCUGCAAAAACAGUUAGCCAAACAUCGUUUACAUCGCGUCUUUAUCAGUUAUGAGAUGAAACAUUUGAGGUAUUCACCUGUAUUGAACAAAUUUAUUACGUCCAUCUGCUGGUACGGUAACUUGCAUGCACGCCACACGCGUCAUCGGCACCGAAAUUCUCCAGCGAUUUCUUGCAAAUAAUUCGCAGGCGAUUCCCUCGUUGAUUGCGCUUAAAAAAUAGUCUUUGGUAUGGCCAUCAACGUGAGGGUCAAGAGGGACGGGGGGCCCAUGUUCACCAAUUUCUCCCGGGGCCCGUGGUUGCUUCUCGCCGGCCUUGCCAGUGUAUGCGGAUUUUACUACAUCCCGGGUACUCUUUGUCAGUGGCUAUAGUUAAAGUUGAAUUUUUAUAAAACAAACUGAUCCCAACUUCAAAUCCUUCCCUAACCAGUAAAUGUCUAAUAAACAAUUUGAGAAUUAAAAACAUUUGGAAAGCACCCCCCCCCCCCUAGCCCUAGCCAGGAGGGGUGCAGGGGGGUGCUAUUUUUCAUGAUAAAGCAAAAAAUUAUCAGAGACAAAAUGAGAUUCAGUAAUUUGAGUAAUAACAUGAUGAUAAGCGAACUGUGAACAACAAUUACAAUUCAAAUACUGUAGCUAGACUUUGCAGUGGUUAAGCAAGUUGAUGGAUGUGUAAAGUCACUGGAAAGCAAUUGCAACGUACUCGUCCGGAAAAAUUUUUUCCCUAAAAAGUUGUCGAUGGGGGGGGGGAGGUUGUUACUUUCCGAAAAAAAAUUUUGGCGGAGCACCCCCCCCCUACCAGACCAUGCUGGAUCCAUCCCUGAACUGGACCUUGUUUUAAAAAUAAACCAACUCACAGGCAUACAGUAAUUAGGUAGGUAGGUAGGUAGGUAGGUAGGUAAAACUUUAUUUAACUACGUUAACCCCUACAGCGAAAGCUGAUUUCCAAGGGGGGCGUAGAUUUAAAUAGUUAAAAAAUACAAUUAAUACAAAUUAUGGUCAUACAUUACAUUACAGUUAACAACAAUUACAAUACAUUUACAAAUACAACUAGUAUAUAAUUAUUUACAUAUUAAAUUAAUGUUAGUACUAUGUAAUAUUCUAUUGAUUGGCCAGGUGUCGUAUACAUGAAUUAAACGAAGCAAGAGAAUGUUUGUUUCUUGCUUCAUCAGAAAGGCUGUUCCACAAUUUCGCUCCUCUAUAACUAAGACUUUUUUUAAGAUAUUCAGUCUUAGGUUUGGGCAAAAAGAGUUUGGUGGAAGAGCCUCGCAUAUUAUAGUAAUAAGAGGAAGACGUCCUUUGAAAAAUGUUGGUUAGUCGUUUUGGCGCCAGUUCGUGAGUUAUUUUAUACAUAAGACUUGCUACGAAAUGUGUUCUGCGUUCACUUAAAGGUUUCCAUUUCAGUUCGUCUAGAGCAAGUUCAGAUUGACCAUGUUCGUUUUUACGGCCAAAAAUAACUCUAGCUGCCCUAUUUUGUAGUUUCUCGAGUCACAAAUACCCUACUAGCAAGCUCGCUAAAUACAAUCACAAAAAAUAGGACAUGUAUAUAGUUAGUCUCCUUCGCAGCCUGUUCGUGGGUGCGAUGUUUGUUACGAUAUUGAAAAAUAUCGAUAUCAAAAAAUAAUAUCGAAUAUGUCAAAUUAUGCAAUUGAGAAAACGUAAUUUAGUCAACUUGCAUCUAUACGCAUCACAUACAGUUAAAAGAAGUGCAUGAAACCAGUCUUGGUACGUCUCAAAGAUUUAGGGACCGGUCAUAAAGUAACUGCUAGGGUGGGCUAGAGUGAUUUGGGAUGGGCCAUGGAAAAUGUUUGGGCAGUUUCGAUGGGCCGCCAAUUUUUUUGUAUGUCCACGGUUGGGCCACCAAACAAAAACCCAUGCAAGUCUAUACUUCAAAAAAUAAAGAUAUUAAUAAUAAAAGUAAACGAAACUAUCCAAAUUAUCAAAUGCAAAUGAUGCUAUUGAAGCUAGUACUUUGGAGAGCAGCUCAUUGCCGAAUAAUCGGAGAUUAAGUUGUUUAGUUGCAACAUUCGAUAUUUUCGAUAUGCGAAAAAAAUCGAAUAUCGAUAUUUUUGAAAUAUCGACAUUUAUCGAAAAUAUCGAUAUAUCGCAACUGCCUAGUAUGUACUUUAUUAAACUGGGUGCUAGAGCUUCUCCCGAUUAAUCGAUCAAUCGAUUAUUUUUCCACAAUCGAUUAGGCUUAACAGCAGUUGGAUAAUCGGAUCAUCUAUAACACCAUAUAUAUAUAUAACGCCAUAUAUAUAACACCACAUAUAGAACGCCUGAUGCGGGAAUUAUUUAAUUUCUUUCCUGAUUAAUUUAAAAAUUAAUUUAAAAAAUUGUGACGGGAUUGUGAUUAAUUUAAAGGACAAACAUUAUUCAAAACUUUGUCCGUCAAAUAUAAAAUUCACUGUCAGCGUGCAAAGUUUACCUUAGUCUGAUCGGGUUUACCAGUUCUGCGAAAAUAUCUUUAAAUUUUUUCAUUAGAAGAAUUUAUUAGCAUUUGCGUCCAACAUUGCGGCGUGCGGAUUUUAAAACCUUGUUUCACGUUUUAAAACGUUAGUUUGGCCACACCAAGUGCCAUAUUUGAGCAAUGAAAUUGACAUGUUUCUGUGCAACUUCCAAAAAUUUAGUAAACACUUACAAACCUGCACCAUGGGCAUGUCAUAUUUAAAUUUAUUUAAUUAUCAAUACGAUUAAUCGAUAUUAAUCGAUUGUUGACAACGAUUAAUCGAUUACGAAAAUUAACCGAUGGGAGCAGCUCUACUGGGCACUGAACGAGAACGCCUGGGAUGUAGUAAAAUCCAGUGUAGGCAUUUUUAUAAUUUACUUCAUAGUUCAUCACACGUGAGAAGGUGCAUCCAUUUGACUCUACCAAACAUCGCAGGUUUUAGUUUGCAUGUCUGUAAUCAUUAUGAACAAAUACUUUGCGCCAUGAAAAUUUUUAAUUUCCUUAAUUCAUGAUCAGGCAGUAGGAAAUUUUGAACGUAUGAGUUUUGGGAAAAAUUUCCAGACAAAAUUAAUACCUGAAAGUAAGUAAUUGUUUCCCAUUUGAUGUAGCAAUUUUUAGACGGCCAGCCAAAACGUGACAAUGUAGACCAAAAUUUGUUUGAUGACAUUUUCUGUUACAAGCUCGCAACUGGAAUUUUCUUAGAGUAUAGACAUUUAUGAAGAAUAUAUAUGUUGGCAACUCUGUUUUUGGCUUUAUAGCCAAAUAUUUGAGAAUUUUUAAAUAUUGCCUACUAAAGUACAAGAUAUUGACAUUUUUAACAAAAAUAACCUAUACCAUUAGAAAGUUUGCAGAAAGUAUAUAUAAGACAUUUAAGCGAGUAGUAUGAUUUUCGUUGCCAUUUUUGAGUUUUAAUGGUCAAAAUGAAGGAAAUGCACUAAUUUAAAAAGUUACUAUUUUGCCAACUUUGAGCUCCUAUAACUAACGUAAAACCAACUUGAAAAAUUCACACUACUCGCUUUAAUGCCUUAUAUAUACUUUUUGGUGAUUUUUCUAAUGGUAUAGUUUAUUUUUGUGAAAUGUAAACUUGAAAUUUUGCAUUUUUGUCAACAUAGUACUUUUGCAUUUUGAGCUAUAAAACCAAAAUCAGCGGUGCUAACAUAAAUAGUUUUUUUUAUUAAUUCAUAUACUCUAAGAAAAUGCCAGUGCCAACUGGCAUUUUCUUAGACAACAAAAUCAUGGUUUUAUAGCUUGUAACAAAAAAUACCAUCAAAGUGUAAGUUUCAGAAAGUUAGCCGGUCAUCUAUAUAAGGUGGCCUCUAAUUGUAUCCAUGACAGUAGAAUCAUAAAACCUUUUAUGUCUUUACUUUGUAGUUGUGUUUUGUUUGUUGACAUCCAUGUUUGUCUCGGGUUUAGUUCAUAGAGUCUGUGUGACUACAUGGUGAGUGCUAUCUAUUGCCUUAUUUAUGUUCUAAGUAGAACUUUCAUAGUAUUUAGUCAAGUCUAUACUGUAGCUUGCUUAUACACAGCUUUGAUUCAGGCAAUUUUGUUGAGAAUAUUACGCAGCUAUUUAUACUGUAGAGGUCAUUUCUGUACCUAAGAUUGGACUAGUAUCCCAAAGGUCAUGGGUUUGAUUCCCACCAUGGUCAGGCAUUCCAGGCAAACUUUUCAGCUUGCCCGGUGUGGAUGCACACUCAGAGUAACACCACAAACAUUGUACCUAAGAUAUUAGUCCGGUUCUAUAUAUGGAAGUCAGUGAUUGACUGAUAUUACUACAGUAAUUCUAUAGAGGUCAGUGAUUGAGUGUCACAUUCCAGUUUUACAUAUAGAAGUCAGUGACUUAAUGACAAACCUCCAGUUAUAGUACUCCAGUUAUAUAUAUUAAGGUCUGUGAUUGAUUGAUCAUAGUACUCCAGUUACUGAGAUCAGUGAUUGACUCAUGAUAUUACUCCAGUUUGUACUUUUAUCACAUGUAUAUUAUAGAGGUCAGUCAAAACAUACUUUCCCCCUGUUUUUCCAGCUUUAUUUUCUCAAGUAUUGCCCUGUAUUACAUGGCACAUCUCUCAAACAUCAAGUACGCUCCCGUUGUGAUGAGACCAGCGGCAACCACAGGCAAGGGGAGGAAAGGCCAGUAACUGUCAGUAUGUUGUAAAGGUUUUAGUACAAUAUGAAUGUGAAUAAAAUACCAUUUUAACGCUUA